AUGAUAACAACAACAAGCAUUCAAAAAGUAUUCAAGCAAAUGUUCAUGAAACAAGAUGCACGGAAAGAAAGAAAAAAGAAACAUACCUGUCAGAAUUCGUCUGAUGUGACUUCGAUCGCGAUUCACGGACGCAAGAAAAUUAGGUUUGCAAGCUGGCUUGUAGUGGUGCAGAGGUCUGUAAUGGACAUCAGCUUUUUGGGCUUCAUUGAAGAUGUUUGGGUUGGUUUGGCCUUGAAGACAGGGCAGCAGCAAAGCUAUUUUAGGGAGCUGCUUCUGAAUGGUUGGACAGCAACAUGGUUUUAG